CGAUCAAGUUAGAACGUGUCCGGAUGUAUAAAAGUGCGGAAUGUAAAGGUUUUUCUCUCAGAUUCUGAGAGAAUUCUAUAAUUAAUAUUGCUCGGUUUUUUGGUGUGUAUUUAUGAAUCUAUAAUAAAUGAGGUUUUUCCUCUAUUUAUAGUGAGAGGGGAUCAGUUCCCCUUUCACAGGUUAGAGUGCCACGUGUCCCCAGAGGAUUGGUUCUCUUAGAACCCCUCUGAUGCUGACACGUGUCAGCACACGAUUGGUACACGUGGACAGGGGUAUUUUUACCCUAAACACUACCCUAGUGGACGAGUAUGGUCUCGUGAAGGUUUUCAGAAGGCAUACCUACAAAGCCAAAUUAAGAACUUCCAAACCAAAUUGCUUAACUAAGUGAUUAAUUUGAAAACCAAAAUCAUUUUAAUCCAAGACUCAAUUAUGUAUCACAAAUCAAUGGCAUGGAUGAAAUGACAAAUUAUAGCACCCUUCAAUAACCAACCAAUCUUACCGCUUCCUUUCCUCAUGUUUGAACCUUCCCUAAGGAUGUUCAACCAUAUUAGCUCAUACCUCACUUCGAUUUGAUGACCUUCGUCAAGACUUGCACAAAAUCUUGCCCUCCACUGGUAGAAGGACCAAAGGUGAGAGAUAUGUAAAUUUGGGAAUGUGGUGCUUAAAUAAAUCAAUCCAACAAAAACUUAUAAAUAACACCUUUAAAUUUGAUAUGCACGAAAUCAAGAAAUAUUAACCAUGAGAAUACAUACACCAAAUUGCGAACAAUGAACGCAUUGCUCUUUCUUAUCAACUCCAAUGAUUCAAUAAUAACAUUCCCCCUUAUUUAUUUCUCAUCAUUUUUUUCGAUACAUGAUCUUUUCUUCUUUUUUUUUCUUUUUUUUUUUCUUUUUUUCUCUUUUUUUUAUAAAUCACAACUUUAUUCAAUUUUUUUUUCAUAACACUACCUUCCUUCACUAGAGCUCAUCAUUACAAAUCAUUAUGCAGCAAAAUAUUCUUCUUAUCCAAACAACGGAUCACAAAAACCAUAAGCUUGUAACACAAGGGUUAUCAAGAAAGAAAUAAGGCUCAAAGUGGCUAUCAAGAGAAGGUAGUAAAAAUAUAAAGAAAAAUUCCUAAAGAUGAAUCUGAAAGCUCUAAAUAACAAAAGAAAAUGCCUCAAUCAUAUUAUCCAAGCAUUUCGAUAAUCGAUCUUAGGAAGCUAAAAUGCAAGUCUCAAUUGGGGCGAUCAAGAAGGAGGGUAUUCGAUUUGAGUCUUACAAGGUUCGUGGCCCUCCAAUAGGUACUUAUCGCACAAGAGGAAAGCGAAACCGUCUUACCACAAAUAACUGUCAUCAAAAGGAUUUACGCUACUUAUCGAAUUACUCAAGCUAAUGCCAAUCAAUUCAUGAAAAAAAUAGAAAAUGUUUUUUUUUUCCUUUUCGAAAAUCUUUUAUUUCACAUUUUGGAAUAGAAAUUCAAAAUGACACUAAAACAUCUAACUAUAAACUACCAAAGCCUAAUAUAUACAAUGAAUAAUACCCUCCCCCACACUUGAAUAUUGUAGUGUCCACGGUGUAAUUAAAGUAAAGCAUAAAUAAAUAAAGAGGGAGGAUACUCACAAAGUUUUAUUGAGGAGAACCCUUGAUGUUGGGACCGUGGAUGUAAUGAACCAAUAUGAAGUAAUAAAUAUAAUAGUGCAUCGAAACGAAUUCGCGCCAAAUUCUCAAUUCAAAAUUUACUCCCAUAAGUACCAAAUAAAGUAUGAUGUAAUCUAGCUCUCAAACCACACCUCCAAGUUGAAUAUAAAUCAAUGGAACAAUGGCUGACUUGCCUCUACAAUUAAACCCAAAAGGCCAUCCAAUCAUAUGCACUCUCCCAUAAGUCCAUAACCAUGACAAUGUUGCUAUACACUAGUACCCACUACCCACAAAAAUUUUUAUAUGAGUUUGCUGCCAAGAAAAUCAUAGAUAAACCUUUGUUUAAUUUUCAAUCCAAGAGCAAUUCAACAAUGAGCGAUGUUCACAGCAAAUUUAGUCACAAUUACCCAUAAAUUUUCCCCCAAAUUGCCGGCAAAUUCAAGAGAAAAAAUUCGAGAUAUAUGCGAUCAAAACAGAGAAUAAAGUUCUAUGUACUUGUAGUGAUUAUUACGAGGGCGCCCCCAUUACUCACAGUGAGUAACAGGUUAUGUUACUCACAGGGGUAUUGGCGACAUUUCACCUACUAUAAGUCACUUGGUGGAUGGGUGAUGUGGCCUCAUUUUGCCGACGUGUUUUACUUGGUUUGCCAAUUGUAAUCAUGUUGGGUUUCUCACAAUUGACGCCGUUAACAUUGGACGCUUAUGGAGUUUCAUGAAAACUCUGAAGCCCUAGUCGAAGAAAGGCACGAAUUCUGGGUUUUCAAUUCGACUUCGUUGAAGCUCAACUGGAAUUCAGGGCGGAACCGAACCCGAAGAGGCUCGAAGAGGUCCAACUCAAAUUCUGGGCGGAACUCAAGUCGAGGAGGUCCCAACUCAAAUUGUUGGUGUUUCCAGAUUACAAAAAUGUCAGCGGGGAAUGGUAAGCGAAAACGUACAAUGGUUGGGGCUGAAGAUGAAAAGGGGUAUGGGGGGUAUGGGCUCAGUAACAAGGGUAAUGUAUGUGAGCAGAAGACCAUGCCUUUGUAUCCAGAAUUGUUUAAGGAUGACGGAUUAAGUUAUGGAGGGGCCGUCAAAGGUAGGGCGGAGGUGAUGGCUGAACAUUCAAAGGCCAGAAGUCGGCCUCCUAACAUGAGUUGCCACGUCGAGUCAUUUGGGCGCAUAUGCCAGAAAUUUGAUGACAGGCGAAGACGUUGGGUUUGUGAGAUGGGAUUUGGCAGUUUUUUACAUCUUGCUUUAGAUAUGCAUUUACCAAGGCAAUUGUCAUAUUGGGUCAUGACACGGAUGGAUCCAAUCAGUAAAAUGCUUAGAAGUCCCAACGGACUUGAGUUUCGGUUUUCAAAGAAUCAGGUUCGGUGGGUACUAGGGAUACCAAUGGGUUCUAGGACUGUUCCUAGUACUAAAACCAUGACCCAACAUGAUCGUUUGAAGGUUCAGAUAUUUAUUCUCAAGUAUGGUAAAUCGUGGGAGUCCAAAUCUGGUAGACAAUCUGGUCAGGUCUACACGUCUGUAGGCAUACCAUUAAGUUCAGAUAUGAUGAAUCGGCUGGAGGGGUACUUUGAUGUUGGAGAGGAAGAGGAAUUCAAGACGUUGUUCUUGAUAAUUGCUUUAAAGAUGGUGUUGUGUCCCACGCAGUCACCUCGGCUUACGUCUGACCUACUACCUGCAGUAAGCUGUGUUAUGGAGGCAAUUGAGUACGAUUGGUGUUCUUUAGUGUUGUCGAAGUUGCUAGAGAGCGUAUAAAACUUUGCUUGACGUUAUAUGCUAAUGGGUUUGCCAGUGGAUGCGGCGGGUGUGCAAUAUUUGCCGUAAUAUUUUACUUGAAUUGGUUGGAUAGGGAUCCUAUUCAGUGGGAUGUUUUUCCAAGAAUUAAAGUGUGGACAAUGCAACAGAUUGGGAAGGCAGCAAAAUCAGAAAAAUUGCUGUCCGGCGACUACGGGAAACUAGGGCUAUUGGAUGUUGCUUACGGUGAACAACACCCAAGGGAUGCAAGGGAUAGUGUAAGACCCCUACAAGCUGGAGCGAAUAAUAUGCAUGAAUUAUCAGUGCCUGGGGUUAACUUCAAGGCUAGGCAAAGGAGGGGCCGAAUUCCUGAGCUGACAGAUCUAUGAGCUCAGUUACUUGUAUUUCGAUUUGUAUUUUUUCCCACUGUGGAAUGUUCUGAAUAAUCUUACAGGAUUUGGAUAUUGUUAAUUCAUUUCAGUUUGGAAUGUGUAAUAUGGGUUCUAGGAUAUGGUUAUUAUUUUCAGUUUUGUUUAAUACUCAAAAAGUUUGUCAAUUGACGAAAUAUUAUUACUAUUGUUUGUUGUAUUAAUAAU